GUUAUUGGAGCAUGCAGAGUUCCUUUCACUGCAACUAAAGAAAAUCCGUCAUACAGUAACGCACAUUGUACGUUGACACAAUACAGUCAGGCAAGUGUUGUUCUCUUGGCAACCGCUAAAUCCAAACUCACUGGUUUGAUCUCCAUCAGAGAGACAUGAUCUGCCACUCCAGAUAACGCGUCUCCAUUGCUUUAGAUCAGUCUGCUUUACACCAUAGCAUUUGCUUUGCAUUUAACUUGGCAAUGUAACACUUAGAUGAAACUUCUCAUUUCAUAAAGCUCUCUACCCGCCUCCAAGAUCUAAAGACGACAUCUUAUCAUGGUACCACUCUGGAAUUCUCCUUUUUCUCACUAAUGUCUCUCAUGCUGAAUUUUAAACACCUGUGGCUAAGGAAGUGCUAGGAACACCUGGAUUCAGAGAUCUGGAGGGGCGAUCGUCCUUGUUUCAUUUGUUCAUGAUUGCUUUGCUUCAACUAUUGGUCGCCCUGUUGCCUUCCAAGAAGAGGCUUCAUCCAAAUAGACUCCAUCUCCUCAGGGACAUUAUGACCAAAAAUAUGCAAUCCACCCAAAAAGGAACAUAUUAUGACUGACCGGUCCAAGCAAGAAAAAUCUCGAACAAUGUACACCUCCCACCUCGCUCGCAUUAGUCUUAUCUGACUUCUCUCAGCUCUGCUGUGCAAACGGACUCCACAUCCUUUUGACUGUAGCCAUGAGCAUGAAAGCCCUUCUGCUGUUUCUCACCGCAUGUGUGGUCAGUGGAGGACGUCUUCCCACUGCCGUCUGGCAGUUUGGGGAGAUGAUCAGUUGUGCCCAGCCAGGUGUUAAUCCUCUGGCUUACAACGAAUACGGCUGCUGGUGCGGACUGGGUGGAUCUGGAACGCCGGUGGAUGACGUGGACCGAUGCUGUGAAGCCCAUGAUAAAUGCUACCAAAACAGCAGAAAGAUUCCUGGAUGCGAGGGUGUUUUUGACCUUCCCUACAUUAUCAUUUAUGGCUUCAGCUGCUCAAACAGACAGGUGUACUGCUCAGCAGCCAAUGAUAAGUGUGAGGCUGCGGUCUGCGAGUGCGACCGUGUGGCAGCUCACUGCUUUGCUCGGUACACAUACAACCCUGACAACAAGCACCUGGAUCCUCAGCUUUGUGUCAGCUGAGUCACAGCACACACAAGAGUAUGACACGCGCAACACAGCCGACCUCCAAAUCUGAUGUGUUUCUGGUUAGUGAACGUAAAAUAAAAGAUGUUUGAUCUGC